GGAUUGGCUGGCUCGCCCUGGGCUAAUCUCGUGUCCCUGCUUUUUCCUUUUUGCCCUUCCCCUUUCAAUCCUUCCUUUCCACGGGCCACCAGUUUUCCCAACGACUGCCAUCUUCAUCAUCCAUAUUUAGCCCAGACUUUCAUUACCGACGAUUUUUCCUUUCUGGUUUCUUCGACUUUUUGAUUCCAUUUCUUGCACGACCAGCCGAUCGCUUUGAGUUGCCGCCUCUGCGAGCGACGCUUAACUCAAUCUUGGCCCGGCAACCGAUCACGCCAGAGUCGACAACAUCGAACGACGGCUUUUGAAUACGCAACUCCCACGAAGCGUUAGCGUCCAUCAAGCCAGCAAAUAGAGCCCGUUCUUCUAGACUGUUAUUUCCAGAUUUAGGAACAUCGCGCAGCAGAUUCGAGAUGCGCCCCGACAGAUACAUCCCGAGCCCCGCGCUCCUCCUCAUGGCCUUUGUGCCCAUCGCCAUGGCCCAGGAUAACAAAAACACGGAUAAGCCUUCUCCCAAGCCAGCGGACAACCCUACGAACAAGCCAGCAGAUGCCAAACCGAACCCCAGCCCGUCCCCCAAUACCAACAAGGACGCGCCGUCACCUGCUCCUUCACCUUCGUCUUCGUCUGCUGAUAAGAAGCCUGACCCUGCUCCUUCUCCUACGUCCGCUUUAUCUUUGCCUGCAACAAACAGCGUUGCUUCCGCCGUCACCAACAGUCUGGGUCUACCCGCAUUGACUGGUAUCGGGGCUGCAGCACCGACCUACCCUCCCGCCUCUGUACCGCCUACGAAGAACGCGCCGUUCAUGCAACAGUCUAGCGCCCCCGAAGGAACCGUCUUCAUCGCCGUUGGUGCAGUUCUUGGAGCAUUUGGUGUGGCCAUUCUCCUUUGGCGUGCCAUUGUCAGCUUGCUGCUGCACCGCUCUGUGGAGCGUGCAACCAUGGCCCAGCAUGAUAGAGACACCAAGAGCGGCUUUCCCGCUCCUCCUGCGCCGUUUUACAAGUACUCCGAUCGUGAUUCUUCUCCUUCCUUUGGUCCUGCUGGUUCCUCUACCGGCCGUGGCACUCGCCGCACGAAUCGUGGCCCCAUCCCGUCGGCCAAUCUCAGCCAAGGAAACCUCUUCUUCUCUCCUACCGCCGUUACUGGCAACGCUGGUGCAAACAACCGCGCAUCUGGCUUCCUGCCUUCUGGCUUCUACGCUGCUGGAAGUGCGACACCUGGUAGCCAGUCUGCCAACAACGGUAUUAGCAUGUCCAACCUGCGCCCUGACUCCCGCGGCCACUACGUAGCGACACGACCAUCGCCGCCAGGUUCCCCUGCCAUGUCGGCCAGCCGUGGUGACCUCAACCAAAGCACUGCCAGUCUCUCCAUGCCUCUUGCACCUGGGCAGCGUGCUCCUAGUGCAUACCUGGAGGACCUACUUGCCGACGACCCCAACGGCGUGCCUCCUAUGCCGUCAGGACAAGGAUCACAUGGCAUAGCCCCGACGAGAAGAUAGGAACAGGACGUUGGCCACUUAUGCAUUUCGAGAACCGAACUCUCACAAGGAUAUAGAGGCGUUUUGGUACAUUUUCUUGUUUUCUUUUAUUCUCAGACACUUGUAGAUUUGCUUUUUGACGGAGUCUUGCUGGGAGACCUGCGCAUUUGCAUUGACGCAGGCGGCAUUCUAUUUUGACAUGACAAUUGGGUAUAUGUCUGUUUAUAAGACUUCAGACCUUUACAUAAUGAGAGGGAGGCUAUUGCCAGGGCGCGAGCAGCUAGGCAUUCGUAGAAUGCGUUUGCCAGCGAGCAAUGUGUCUGGUGAGGAGCCAAAGUGAUGGUACUCACAGUGUUUGUAUGCGAAGCGAAUUUGGGCCGUGGAGGCAGAAUGGGCAGCUUUUGCACCCAUAUUAAACAUAUAUGCAUUUCUAAUACAAAUCUUUUAUUCUUUCAAUC